AUGGGAGGAUUAUUUUCAAGCGCGCCAGAGUUUCCUACAAAUGAGGGAGCUGAUCACUUAGUGAUUAUUGCGGCAAAAUUAGAAGAACUUCAUCCAGGCUUAUUCAUGUUUGAUCUCAGAUAAGACCCUGGGACAACAGGUAGACUUGAGGUCACCAUAGUCCUGAACUACAAAAAUCAAAGCAAGGCCAGCAAGAUUUUGAUUCAUCAGAAGAGCAAAGGUCAAGGCUAUCCAUCCUCAAAUUGGAAUGCCUUCACUAGCAAAGUUAAUCAAGCACUUCAGCAAAUAAGUAAAUGA